AUGAGGGAUGUGGAUGGAGAUCUGAAUUUGGUAAAGAGAAAUAUGAGUUUGGAGAAAUAUGAGGAAUUUAAGGAAUAUGAUUUUAGGGGGGUGUACGAUGCGGCCCUGCCCGACGCAUUACGGGCGGGGCUGUGUGCGGGAAUGGACCAGGGCUGGCAACGGGUGGUGCUGGAGUCUGACUCCAAGCUCAUGAUUGAUAUGCUGAAAGGGGGUGGUUGUUCUGACUCCCGGGUUGAAGGUAUUGUGCAUGACAUUAGAAUCCUGAUGCGGCAGUUGCGGACUGUGGUCUUGUCUUUUGUUCCUAGAAUAACUAAUAAUGUGGCGCAUGUAAUUGCUGCCUUUGCGUCCAAAACCCAGGGUCCGAGUAGGUGGGAGGGAUCUCCCCCCUUAUGGUUAAGUAAUUCGUUGGCAAUGGAUGUAACCUCUUCUUUUACUGUUGAUUGA